UGAACAGUCCUCCUCAUCACUUCUGGUCUCUCAGUAAAACGAAAUCGCAGCCGUUGGUUCUCAUCUCCCCACAUCCAUGACCCUUAUGCUCUUCAAGCAUAGGGUUGCCACCACCACCACCACCACCACCACCAAUCUCACCCCACUCUCCACCACCACCACGACGAUCGCCGUCCAUGUCGUCGAUGACCAAGAUCAACGGCCACGCUCUGCCCCAGCCCUGCUCCCACCUCGCCGCCUUCCGAUCCAAAAACGGCUCCAAACCCUUCCGCGCCUUACAGGACUGCCUCCGCGUCAAGCCCCCCGGCGGCCGCGCCUCGAUCCGCCGCGAUCCCCACGAGCUCCCCCGAUGCGCCGCCUGCGGCGAGUCAGCUCACUCGCGGCUCUACGCCUGCGUCACCUGCGCCGCGGUUCACUGCCACGCUCCCUCCGGCGGACUCUCCCACGCGGCGGCUCACGCCGAGUCGCUGCCUCCGGGGCACGAGAUCGCCGUCGACGUCGACCGGGCCGAGCUCUUCUGCUGCGCGUGCAGGGAUCAAGUCUACGACCGCGACUUCGACGCCGCCGUGGUCCUGGCUCAGACGGCCUCGCCUACCACCGCCUCCUCCGCGAUCCAGCAGUACGCGCCGGAGAAUCUCCGGAAACGGCGUCGGAUCGAUUACAAGCCGUGGUCGCCGGAUUUGAGUGAGCAGGUGAUCGUCGGAAAAAACUCGAGCCUCCUACACGGCCGGACUCCCUCCGCUUUGCCUUGGGGACUGCGCGGGCUCAACAAUUUGGGGAACACGUGCUUCAUGAACUCGGUUCUUCAGGCAUUGCUCCACACGCCGCCGCUGCGGAACUACUUCCUCAGCGAUCGGCACAACCGCUACUUUUGCCAGAAGAAGAGCAAUGCCGAUAAGAAAAGCGCGGGUAAUAGUGGCGGGAACACGGCGGCCGGGUCUGUGUGCUUGGCCUGUGACAUGGACGCCACGUUUUCGGCGGUUUUCUCAGGCGAUCGGAAGCCUUAUAGUCCAGCCAAGUUCUUGUACAGUUGGUGGCAAUACGCUGCAAAUUUGGCGAGCUAUGAGCAGCAGGAUGCGCAUGAAUUCUUCAUCUCAAUGCUGGAUGGGAUUCAUGAGAAGGUGGAAAAGGAGGGGAGGAAACCCGGGAGCCAAGGCACUGGAGAUUGUUGUGUGGCUCAUAGAGUUUUUUCUGGCAUCUUGCGAUCUGAUGUUAUGUGUAUGGCUUGUGGUUUUACGUCUACAACAUAUGAUCCAUGCGUAGACAUCUCACUGGAUUUGGAACCAGGUUCUGCAAAGACGAUGUCCACAAAGUCGAAUCAUUCUUGCAAUGGCAAUGCAGAUUGCAUGAAUUCUGGCCAAAACUGUGGCACAUCUACCCUUGUGGGAUGCCUGGACCGUUUUACAAGACCUGAGAGAUUGGGCUCUGACCAGAAAUUUUUUUGCCAGCAGUGUCAGGUGAGACAAGAGUCUCUCAAGCAAAUGUCCAUUAGGAAGCUUCCUUUAGUUUCUUGCUUCCAUAUCAAACGAUUUGAGCAUUCUUCAAUACGAAAGAUGUCAAGGAAGGUGGAUCGUUAUCUGCAGUUUCCAUUUUCGUUGGACAUGGCACCAUAUCUUUCGUCUUCCAUCUUAAGGAAUCGAUUUGGGAAUAGGAUUCUUCCUUUUGAUGGGGAUGAGCCAGAAGCUCCAAAUGAGUUAUGCUCAGAAUUUGAGUUGUUUGCUGUCGUAACUCACACAGGCAAGCUGGAUGCUGGCCAUUACGUGACUUACUUGCGAUUAAGUAAUCAUUGGUACAAGUGUGAUGAUGCUUGGAUCACACAAGUUAACGAGGACAUUGUGAGGGCUGCACAAGGCUACAUGAUGUUUUAUGUACAGAAAAUGCUAUUUUACAAAGCAAGUGAGAAACAGGGUUCUGCAUAAUAUGCUGAGCAGGAAAGAGUGAUGAUUAGAAAGA